CUUGUACCAACAUUACUAGUAUCUGAGUCUCUGACAGGAGUCAUAACUUAAUGUGAAAUUUGCUGCAGCAGCGAGAUAGCAGAAAAGAUUAAGUAGAUACAGAUCAGCCAAUCAAAGUUUCUGAACAUGGGCAGUUCUUUCAUGUUUCUCAAAAAGUGUUGGAUUCUUUUCCUCAUCAUAUCAGCAGCUUCACUCUCAUCAACUUGUUCUGCAGGCAGACAAUUGAGAUCUGUAAACAAGCUGGAGAAGGAGGCCAUGACUUCAACAUAUAAGGGGCACCAGCAUAUGCAGCAAGGCGAAGAGAUAAGUUUUGUCCAUGGAAGGCUUCUUAGGGUUAACACCAAGGACUACGGAAACUAUGAUCCAGCACCAACUUUUGUGAAGCCUCCUUUCAAGCUCAUCCCCAACUGAUCAGGGCUAUGUGCUUCUGCCAUCACUACUGAUCAACAAUAUAUGCAGUAUCCAUAUAUCUAAAUAAAAUGAUGUUUUAGCAUGUAGUUGUUUAUGUAUAUUGGCAAUAUAUAUUAUAUAUACACAAAUAAUAGUUUGUGCUAAGUUUUGAGAUGUUAGUAUGUCACCAGGGUUUCCACAAGUACCCUAGCUAGCCUGUACGUGUAUGUGUUGCUACAAGUCCACAACCUUAAUUGUGGUAUUGAUGCUAUGUGCUCUAUAUAGAAGUACUAGUCUUUCAUUAA